AUUCCACUAAUUAAGACAUCGGCCCUUUGCUGCUUAUAUUUUUGUAGAUCCUUACUACUGUUACUAUAUCCACAGUUGUCAAAUAGCUUAACAAAGAGUUUAUAUAUUUGACGAUGGAGGCGUUUUGAGGGGAUGAUCCCUCACUCCAUUCCGAAGGGGGUGGAAAACUAUUGCCACUUGGGUACGAUUACACGUCUACUUACGCUAAGAACGUCAACAUGAAAGCCUCAAUAAAGAUAUGCUUGGCCGCCGUGCUUUCUACAUCAAGCUGGUGGUCUCAUUCGAUGGUAGACGCCAAAUCGGUGUUUGCCCACUACAUGCUUUCAACUCUCGAUCCGAAUACUGAUCACGCCAAGCAAGAUAUUGACCAGGCCAUAGCAGUGGGACUCGACGCAUUUGCAGUCAAUGUUGGAGCUCCAGGGGCAGAUUUUUCGAAGAACACCCUGCGGCAGUUGUUUGAUUACGCGAGAGACAAGCCAUUCAAGCUAUUUCUCAGUUUCGAUUUUUAUGCAGCCGGCGACAUAGGAGCACAUCAGGAGUUUUUCAACCUGUGGAGAAACGAGGCUGCGUAUUUGAAUUAUGGGCCUCAAAACCUCCCAGUGGUUUCCUCGUUCAGUGGAGGCUCACUCGGCCCGGAUGUGUGGCGAAACUUCAAGGAAACAAACAAUGUCUACUUGCUUCCCAAUCUAGAGGGCGACGCGGAUUACUACAACAAUCCCACAGCAUUUUUCCAGAAAUGGGGCAAUGCAAUUGAUGGUGUCUUCUCCUGGGAAACGGCUUGGCCCGACGCUUCGAAUACCCCAGUGAAUGUGACCUCUGAGAAGGACGUUGCAGUUAAGAAUGCAGCGGAUAGGGCAGGGAAGUCUUACAUGAUGGGAUUAUCUUCACUGCAGUACAAGCACUGCUGUGGCGAUUCUUGGUAUCGUUCUGGCGAGACCAACCUCCCUGAACGAAUGACACAGAUCCUCUCCUUAAAACCUGAACUAACUGAGGUCAUGACCUGGAAUGAUGCCGGUGAAAGCCACUAUAUCGGCCAAUGCUGGCCUGAAGGGCUCCCUGAAGAAAUCCUCCAAUACGGAAACUCGGAGACCUAUCCUCAUGACGGAUGGCAGCCCUUAAUCACCUCAUUCAUCAAUGCGUUCAAAAACGGCGAAGAAGCCAGCCAGAUGAAGCCCAGUGGUGAUAGUCCAAUUGGCGCCCUGUGGUACCGAGGCGUCAUGGCUCCCUGUGACACCGGACUGCGAGGCUCAGGGGCGGCAAUAAAUUCCGUCAACUAUGCCGUUGUCCUUCCUCCGACAACUCAAGGGGCGCGCAUUCAAGUCUCCAGUGGUGGUCAGGUAUUAAGCAAUGUUCCGGCCCACGAAGGCUUAAAUUACAACGCAAUCGGUGGCAUGGUGACCGGCCCACAGAAACUCGAGAUUUUGGAUCAGAGUGGCGCUGUUAUUGCUUCAGCGUCUAGCAAAGUGGAUGUUUCAAAUGGUCCACAGGGCGGUUUCUGCAACUUCAAUUACUACGUGGCUGGCAUUCAGUAAGAAUCUGCUUACGACCACGACUUAUUCAAGCUGAAGUCCCAAAUCGUCAAACCCCGACAGCGACCGGCAUGAACAGUCUGAGGAGGUAAUUUGUGUUAGCUCUCCAGUAAAAAUUAAAGUGUAUCUGCAGAGUAAAUAUUAUGUCUAGGG